AUGGCUGCUGCAGUUUUUUAUCCUCCGAGGCCCCUCCCACAAGUCCUGGUCUCCAUAAGACAGGGCAUCUAUGAGGAUGAACAACAUAGACUGUGGAGAGUUGCAAAACUGGAAACUUGUUCUCAUUCACCAUAUUGCAGUAGGAUUGGAACAUGUAUAACUGUCCACUUGUGGCAGAUGACCAGAUUCCCCGAGGAGCCGACUCUCUACAGUCCCAUGAAUUACAACUCUCUACCCACGAUGUGGAGAUUAGAGUCCACAAACACAUACCGGGGAACAGAUGCCAUGUACUGGAGAUUACUGAGUCAUUCCCAGUUUGGUGUCACAGAGCAACUGAUCCUGAUGGUGGUGUGCGGAUGA